AUGUCCUGGGGACCCUUCGGAAAACCAAGAUUUGACGUCUGCCAGAACUGCCUAAGAAUUGGUUGUAUCUGUCAAGGAGACCCAGAGGCCUGUGAGGACCUGCUGAAGACUAAAGACGUGGUCCCCAGCACCAACAGCUGCCUUAUUGGGUUUAUCCUCAUUGAAACCGAUGCACCGUAUAGUUCGGAAAGAGUGUUUGUAUACCUCCUGGAUGAGGAAGCUCGUCUGACCUGCAGCGAUCCACCCCAUGACUUCCCGCAGGAGGGCCGACUCAGAGAUGCUGUCCUUCAGCAGAAGAGGGUGGCCUGCAAUGGGCUGCCGGCGGGCGAGCUGCAGGGCAAGCCGGUGGCCGGCUUGGCUGCCCCCUUAGCCCCCGGCAAGCAAGUGUUAAUCAAUCCUUUGGUGGACAAGGAUUCGGGAGUCGUGGUGUGCGUGAUCCUAGUCUCCUGCGGUCAGCUUUCCGAGUCGGACGAGCAAAACCUUCGAGCUUUGGAAAAGCACAUCCUGGUCUCCUACAAGCGUCUCCAAAGCCUUCAGAAGUUACAACCUUGCCAGGCGAAACCGGUGGAGCCCCCCAGGAGCAACUACAGCGAGCUGGACAGCAAGAUCCUGCAGUUGUGCGGGGAACUGUACGAUCUGGAUGCAGCCUCCCUCCAGCUUAAAGUCAUUAAUUACCUGAAGGAGGAGACCCAGUCUCAGUGUUCCUGUCUUCUCCUGGUCUCAGAAGACAACAACCAGCUCUUCUGCCAGGUGGUUGGAGAUAAAGUCUUGGAGGAGGACAUGAGCUUCCCAUUAACAGUUGGACAUUUGGGAAAAGUCGUGGAAGAGAAGCAAUCUUUUAUCCUGAAAGACAUCAGCUUGGAAGAGCACAAGCAGCUGAACACCAUGCUGGGCUUUGAGGUGACCUCCAUGCUGUGUGUCCCUGUGGUCAGCCGAGCCACCUCCCAGGUGGUGGCCUUGGCCUGUGCCUUCAACAAGCUUGGCGGCGAAAGCUACAAUGAAGCUGAUGUCUACAAAAUCCAGCAUUGCUUCUGCUACACUUCCACGGUGCUGACCAGCACGUUGGCCUUCCAGAAGGAGCAGAAACUCAAGUGGGAGUGUCAGGCUCUUUUGCAAGUGGCCAAGAACCUCUUCACUCACCUGGAUGACGUUUCGGUGCUGCUGCAGGAGAUCAUCACGGAAGCCAGGAAUCUCAGCAAUGCUGAAAUAUGUUCGGUUUUCCUGCUGGACCGAAGCAGUCACGAACUGGUGGCCAAGGUCUUCGACGGCGGAGUGGUGGAUGACGAGAGCUACGAAAUCCGGAUUCCAGCCGAUCAGGGCAUCGCCGGCCACGUGGCCACCACGGGCAAGAUCCUGAACAUCAAGGAUGCUUAUUCCCACCCCCUCUUCUACCGCGGGGUGGACGACAGCACCGGCUUUCGCACCAGGAACAUCCUCUGUUUCCCCAUCAAAGAUGAGAACCAGGAGGUGAUUGGCGUGGCCGAGCUGGUUAACAAAAUCAACGGGCCCUGGUUUAGCAAAUUUGACGAGGACCUGGCCACCGCCUUCUCCAUCUACUGCGGCAUCAGCAUCGCCCACUCCUUGCUCUACAAGAAGGUCCGUGAGGCUCAGUACCGGAGUCACUUGGCCAACGAGAUGAUGAUGUAUCACAUGAAGGUCUCUGAGGAUGAGCACACCAAGCUUCUCCAUGAAGGGAUCACCCCGGUUUCGGACUUCGAUCCGGACUUUGCCAAAUUCACCUACACGCCACGAUCCCUUCCUGAGGACGACACAUCAAUGGCCAUUCUGAGCAUGCUCCAGGACAUGAAUUUCAUCAGCAGUUACAAAAUCGACCGUCAGACUCUAGUCAGGUUCUGCCUGAUGGUGAAAAAGGGGUACCGGGACCCUCCGUAUCACAACUGGACGCACGCUUUCUCCGUCUCCCACUUCUGCUACCUGCUCUACAAGAACCUGGAGCUCGUCAACUAUCUGGAAGACAUUGAAAUCUUCGCCCUGUUCGUCUCCUGCAUGUGCCACGACCUGGACCACCGAGGCACCAACAAUUCUUUUCAGGUGGCCUCGAAAUCCGUCCUGGCGGCUUUGUACAGUUCCGAAGGAUCCGUGAUGGAGAGACACCAUUUUGCCCAGGCCAUCGCCAUCCUGAACACGCACGGCUGCAACAUCUUCGACCAUUUCUCCCGCAAGGAUUACCAAAGGAUGCUGGAUCUGAUGAGGGACAUCAUCCUGGCCACCGACCUGGCCCAUCACUUGAGGAUCUUCAAAGACCUGCAGAAGAUGGCCGACGUUGGCUAUGACCCAGCCAACAAGCAGCACCACAGCCUCCUCCUGUGCCUCCUCAUGACCUCCUGUGACCUCUCGGACCAGACCAAAGGCUGGAAGACCACCCGCAAGAUCGCGGAGCUGAUCUACAAGGAAUUCUUCUCCCAGGGCGAUCUGGAAAAAGCCAUGGGCAACCGUCCGAUGGAGAUGAUGGACCGGGAAAAGGCCUACAUCCCUGAGCUGCAGAUCAGCUUUAUGGAACACAUCGCCAUGCCCAUCUACAAGCUGCUUCAGGAGCUCUUCCCCAAGGCGAGGGAGCUGUACGAGCGGGUGGCCAGCAACCGGGAGCACUGGACCAAAGUCUCACACAAGUUCACCCUGCGGGGCCUUCCCAGCAACAACUCCCUGGAUUUCCUGGACGAGGAGUACGACCUGCAGGCCAUGGCCGAGAAGGACGGGGGGCUGAAGAUGAACGGCUGCCUGGACGGGGAGGACGGGCACGGGGAUCCGGAGCUGGAAUGAGGC